UACCUCACUCGACUCUUGAAACCACCACAAUGCCGAGACGGAAAGCAGACAGCUUGAAUCCCGUCUUCGAGCGCAUUCUACAGGAGCUAAGAGAUGAGAAGGAUCCAGACGAGGGACACCAAUGGGCAAUCUACAACAGGGCCCUCAAAGGACUCCAAGCGGCUGAAACUGUAUUUUCUGACCCCCAGGAGCUCAUAUCCGUCAAGGGCAUCGGUCCUGGGAUCGUCAAAGCCGUGGCCAAGCGCCUCCGAGGCGACGAGGACGCCCCGCAGCGCACUUCAGCCGCGGCUUCCAAAGUCCCUGCCCGCCCGUUAAAGCGAUCUGUCACAGAUCUUGGGGUCGAAACAGGUGCUCCAGUAACCAAGCGGCGGACCGCCAGCGUGCCUGAGCUUCCUCGAGUCGCCGACUCAACGGUGCAUGACGAAGAUCCUAAGAGUUUCAAGUUUUGGUAUCUGGAUAGCAAAGAAAACCCUGUUCGAGAGAGCAUGCAAGCCGAGACAACCUUCGACGCACAUUCACAAUUAUGGAUGAAGGUUAUGUACCCUCCUACAAUGGAGCGACAUCCACUGGCUACUCAUCUGAUUGUGGUCGUGCGCCGUGAUGACGGCAUCGUUGCUCAAAUGCCGGAGCUGCUCGCUGAAGGGCUGCGCUCAUGCCCCGGCUUUUCAAUCCAGCCCAAGCCAACUUCGAAGGCAAUCAAACACGGUUCAUCCAAGUUGCUCAAGGCUCUCGCAGCUGAAACACAAAAACCUCGCAACACCAUCGAUCCGUCGAGGCAACUUCCUACUUAUAUGCAGACAACUAACAGGGGGGAGUCAAGUUCGCAAGUCAUUCCACCAACCCAGAAGGCUGCAGCAAAGCGCGUGAAUCAUCAAGCACAGGCCCUAGUGCCUGCUAAACCAUCUCGGUCUCUUUCUCGUGCCGCGACCGCGACCACUGCACCAGAAAGAGCAGUUCCGCCGAUUCAACGAACGAAAUCCGCACCUGCCGUCGGGAAUCCGACCUCGCGACCGAGACUGUCUCACGCUACCCCAAACUUGCCUCCCGUCGAGCAUUCUAUCUACACGGCGCAGACAGACUUCCCUGACUUUUCUCCUGAUAUCAUGCGGGCGGGGGACUAUGACAUCACGCUGGUCUUGGACCACCGGGAAAGGGGCGCCCAUCAAGACCGUGAUGCCAUGCGCAAUCGUUUGCGGAGGAAUGGGCUCGCCGUUGAGACCGAGUCUCUGGAACUCGGCGACGUUAUCUGGAUCGCUACGAGCAAAAGCGGUGGCCACUCUUGUGUCCUUGAUUUUGUUCUCGAACGCAAGCGGCUCGAUGAUCUAGUGGGCUCGAUUAAAGACGGGCGCUUUCACGAGCAAAAGUUCCGCCUGCACCAAAGCGGGGUAUCCCGCGUUCUUUACCUUGUUGAGGAAUACAAUGCGGUACACCAGAGGGAAAACUGGGGGGUUCAGAUCAACACAGCGUUAUCGUCGACUCAAGUGGUCGAUGGCUUUCUCGUGAAGGAGACCAAGAGCCAUGACGAUACUAUUGAAUACCUCACUGGGCUGACCGAGCAGCUGAUUCGUGCCCACCAGAUGAAGGAUCUGCAUGUCAUUCCGUCGUACAUGAUCAAACGGCAUUCCUAUCUGGAGCUCAGGAGAUAUCUGGGACACAAGCACCCCGACCGGACUUACGUGACCUCGCUCAGAGACUUUCAGACACUCAACUCCAAGUCUGGGUUCACGACUGUGCGGGAUACAUGGGCCAGGAUGCUGUUGUGUGUUAAAGGUAUGAGUGCAGAGAAGGUGGGGGCGGUGAUUGAGCGAUGGCCCACCCCUCGGCUGUUUUGGGAAGCCCUGAAGGAAGCGGAGCAGGUCGAGGCUCUGGAGCGACGCGAAGAGGCCUUGGCCGGGGGCCCCUCCAAGGGGCGCAACAAGAGAAAGAUCACCGAGGCGAAUCAGAUGCUGAAAGGCGUUGGCGGUGCGGAGGGUGGGGUUCGUGCUAUCGGAUCUGCGUUGAGCAAGAAGCUCUAUGAAGUAUUCAUGUCGGAAGUGUACUCCGAAGACAUCUAGCGGCUCAUUUGAGUCGUCCAUCGUGAUUGUAUAUCUGAGUCUUACCUAGUUACUUGCAGUAUAUUGGCUUGUAUCGUAUGGACAUAAUCUAAUCGCA